GCAGCUGGGACAGGAAGCACGUGACUCCUGAGAGGGGAGUUUGGGCCAAAGACUGAUUAUACUUGCUGAACGGGUGGCAGCCCUGCCACAAGCAGCAUCUGGAAGCUGGACCCCUGGCCACCCUCCCUCCCCAUCGCAGCCACGCCCUGUAGCAGAUGACAGGCGGUUCUUGGCUGUUCCCUGUGAGCCCGUGGACGCCACUCGAGAUGUACCCUUUUGGUGGCUGGGGACUGCUCUCGGCCUUUCUCGCCCUGCUCUGCUGCACAGGGUCUGGCGAGGAGGCGUUCGAGGUACGCAUGUGGCCAGAGCAGCUGAUGGUGCAGUCCGGGGAGUCUCAGGUGAUUAACUGUAGUACCACCUGUAUGCAGCCCAACACCGGUGGUCUGGAGACCACCCUACACAAGACUCUCCUGGAGGAACAGGCUCGGUGGAAGCUGUAUGAGGUCUUCAACAUCUCCCAGGACACAGAUGUCAUUUGCCAUUUCACCUGCUCCGGGAAGCAGGAGUCCAAGAAUCUGAACAUCAGUGUGUUCUACCCUCCAAAGCAAGUGCUGCUGAAGUUAUGGCCCACUUUAGUGGCUGUAGGGAGAUCGUUCACCAUCCAGUGCAGGGUGCCCUCUGUGGCACCCCUUGAAGGUCUCACUGUCACCCUGCUCCGUGGCAAUGAGAUCGUAUACAGCCAGGCCUUUGUGGGGACAACACUUUCCCCCCAAGAGGCCAUGGUCACCCACAACACCACGGCUCACAGGGAGGACGACCGCCACAACUUCUCCUGCCGGGCCGAGAUGGACCUGCGCUCUCGCGGCGGGGACCUCGUUCACAGCGUCUCAGAUCCCCAGGCACUUGACGUCUAUGAGCCUGCGCAGGACAGCCAGAUGGUGAUUAUCAUCACGGUCGUGUCGGUGCUGCUCUUCCUGUUUGUGACGUCUGUCCUGCUGUGCUUUAUCUUCGGGCAGCAGUGGCGCCAGAGGCGAACAGAGCCAGCUUCCAGGGGGAAGCAUGGGGGCCCCAAGGGCUCAGCUUCGGGAUCUCCUCAGCCAGGCCUCCCCCAUCACUCUGGGCCUUCAGAGAGCCACGGACAACAAAAGCAGUCCUCGCCUCUUAACUCCUGCUCCAUUAUUGGGCCAACCCGAGACGCCGCAGCGCUGGCCAUCCCCGGGGUGGUGGGUGGGGGAGUGGAGGUCGAGGGAGGGCUCUGGUUCCCAGGCCUCUGCCAGCCCAGGAAGCAAUCACUGGGACAGGGUUGGGCUUUCAUGUGACCGCCAGGGCCUGGACACUGCUCUAAGGGGCUCUCACCCUGAAGCAGAGAGCAGGCUGGUUCAAGGUCUCCGUGGGGUAGAGAGGGGACUGACUGACCUCGAGGAGAGGGCCUGGUUGGGGCUGAGGGGGUAAGAAGGGCUGCCAGGCAUAGGUGCAGGGUUGGAAAAGCACUAGCGGGGCACACAGGGGCUCCAGGGCUAUUUCCAGCCCUGCGAUGAAGCUGGCGUGGGUCCUGGGUCUGGUGUCUGUCCUCACGGUAGGCUCUCGGCAUCAUAGUAGUCUGGGGGGAGACAGCACCCUCAUAGUGACUCCCUCCUGCCUCAGUGGAGCCCAAGGAGGAAACCGGAAGGGGACAGGCCAGUUGUCUGCGGCCAUGACAGUAGGGGCCCUCAGCCCCACAGGGCGCAUGGCCUUCCUGGCCUUCUGAUCCACCGCCAGGCCUGGACCCCACUGCCCACCCACCUGGUCCCUACCUGAAGCUGGGGGUACAUCCACACCCACAGUUCCUGUGGCGCUGGGAGGUGGGGGCGGGGGCACGGCUCUCCUGGGACAGGGAGAGAAAAGAAAGAGCCCCGUCAGAGGCCCCAGGCUAGCCUCUGGGAUUUCACCCACAAGUUUCCCCACCCCAGCCUGGCCCCUUGGCCAGCUCUUCCAGCCCAGCCCCAGAGCAGGGCCCCGGCAGCACCCAGACCCCCGGCCUCAC